AUGUCCAAGACCUCCAUUGCACCAGGCCAAGAAGCUGAUCCCUCAAGCAUCAGAAGAAGUGAGGACUUUCCCAAGGAAUGGGCCAAGCGCAAAGCCAAGUUGGCUAAAAUGGCCAAGGAAGCUGGGAAGAAAUUUAACGAAGAUUCUGCUGCUGCUGCUACUGAGGCCUCUGCUAGCAAGCCAAAGAAGACUGAGAUCAAAGCUGUCAGUGAUGAAUUUAAUGCAUAUCGUGCAGAUUGGCUAGACACCAAAGCUGUUGAAGAAACUGAAAGUACCAGGGCGGCUGAAGAAAUUCCAGCUCCUAAAGAAAUUGCCAGGGCAACCUCCAUUGUUGCGCCUGAAGACCAAACCAGGCCAGAUGAAGCAUUUGCUACGCCUGAAGAUUCUAAACAUGCCAGGGCAACUGCGUCAGCUGUACCUAAAGAAACUAAACCAAUUUCAUCUGCUCCUCCUGCAAAGUCAUCACAGAUGAAAAAUAUCAACCUUCCUUCUGCAUCAAAAGCGCAGAAGACCAAAGCUACGGAGAAGGCAGCAGUGAAGAAAAGGAAAGCAUCUGCGACUACAAAGUCUUCAGCUCCUAAGAAUGUGAAGACUCUGACCAGCUCAUACACCAACCCCAUUGACGUUGUUCUUAUCUCAAGCAUGCCAUCAAAGGAGAUUGUUCCCUUUGGUGAGGAAUAUGUCAUUCGAGAUGACAUUGAUGAAGAACAUCCUCCUGCUGCUUCUUCAGAGCAGUUUGAUGAAGAUAUUGAAGUGGAUGAUAUCCCUUCAACUCCGCCGGUAUCAUCGACCGUGCCUCAGUUCAUAGCUGACGAGGCAGGCGUUGAAGAAAUUGAUGAAGAAGAUGAGGAUGUGGACAUUGGGUCUACAACACCAGUUCUGAAUGAUGAUUACUGGGAAAGGCUUCAUCCCAAUUCACCUUUGACCACUCCUCUACAUCAAAUUCCUCAAUCCCCUGUGCAGACUGAAGAAAUUCAUACGGGCUCUGAAGGACAUCAAGCUUCACUUCGUUCUAUUCCAGAAGAAGUUCCAGCUACUAAUGCUAAAGAAAUGGAGACCAAGACUGCUGAUGAUGAAACUGCCGCUGAAAUUCCUCAGUCUAUGGCUCCAGAGGUUGUGCGCCAAGAGGCUGUCAAGACUUCAACUGUUAAUCUUCAGCCCAAGCCACAAAAUCCUCAUACCAAGAAGCAGAAAUUCAAAGUUGAUGACUUCUUUGCUGAGCAUUAUUUCUUCACGGAUUACAAUCCCUAUGACUCUACUAGACUUCGAGGCAAGCGCUUCAGGACAGCCAGUCAGAUGAACUUUUACUCUUCGCUCCUAUUUGAUAAGGACAAGUUAUUUGAGCACCAGCAAAUUCUUCAUGUGAAUAUGGAAUCUCUUCCGUGCUUCACUCCUGUCCUGAGUGUUCUUCAUGACGCUGGGCUGCUAAACCUCUGCACUGACAUCUGCGACUGA